AAACUGUUUGGAGUAGUCACUGUCUCCAUUUCCAUUAUGUGUGUGCCAACGAUGAUACUACAUGAGAUUUUCGAGGUUACUCCAGAACACGCUAACUCUGCGCCAUCAUAUACUUUGGACUUCUCGAAUUACUCAUGUGGAUUCUAUAAAUUCAAUCUCUGGAUGUUAGCUGUUGUGAUGAAGGCAAUUCCAUGCGGUAUUUUGCUGUGGUUCACGAUAGCAUUGGUUCUAAAACUACGACAAACAGAUGAAAAACGGAAUUAUCUGUAUUCCAAAAGUUUUCGAAAACACAUCAAGAAAACUACAGUUCCCGACAGGACUACAUACAUGUUAAUCAUCAUGUUGGUAGUAUUCUUAGUCACCGAAUUACCACAAGGAUUCUUGGCGCUGUUAAACGGUGUUUACACCACAGAUGUCAACAAUUACAUCUACCAGCAUGUUGGAGAGCUUUUCGAUCUUUUGUCCCUCGUCAACUGCAGGUGGGAAUUGAGUUGA